GGUAUAAGUUAUUCGCAGUAAAUGGUGGACAGUAGAUUGGCCAUCCGGACCCAGUUUUAACGAAAUAAUAAAGAUAUGCUUUUAUAUACGACUGUCAUGUUUCUUUCUCUAUAAUACGAAACAAGGACCUUAUUAAAUACUACAACUUGGAAGAAUAUUAAUAGCAGCUCACUUCAGGUUGCAACCUAUAGCUUUAUCUCUCUCUCUCUCUCACACUCAAAUGGAAAAACAAAUCAACAUAGAGAGUAGUGUUACUCAUCAUCAAGACAAUGUAACAACCUCCACCGUUGCCCCCAUGACAUCUUCGUCGGAAUCUUGGUCUUCAUCCAAAAGAGCGUUAGUGCAGGACAAUGAAGCUGGCGGAAAACGUAGGAAGAGCAACGGUCGAGAUGGUAACGAGAAUCCGACGCCGUAUAGAGGAGUAAGGAAGAGGAGCUGGGGAAAAUGGGUGUCAGAGAUUAGAGAGCCAAAGAAGAAGUCAAGAAUAUGGCUUGGGACUUAUCCAACGGCUGAGAUGGCAGCUCGAGCUCAUGAUGUAGCGGCUUUAGCCAUUAAAGGCAACUCCGGUUAUCUCAAUUUCCCUGAAUUAUCCGGUUUGCUUCCUCGUCCGGUUAGCUGCUCUCCCAAGGAUAUACAAGCUGCAGCUGCCAAAGCCGCAGAAACCACAUGGAAAGAACCGGUUAUCCAUGAGAAACUUGUCGAGGAGCUAAGCCAUUCUGAGUUGUCUACGGCUGAUCAGUCUUCGACUUCCAGCAGUUUCAUUUUUUCUUCGGACACUUCGGAGACUUCGAGUACGGACAAGGAAAGCAACGAAGAGACGGUGUUUGAUUUGCCGGAUCUUUUCACGGAAGGACUUCUCAACCAAAAUGACGAGUUUCGUUAUUACGACAGCACGUCCACAUGGCAGCUUUUCGGAGAUGAUGUGGUGUUCCGGCUUGAAGAGCCGUUCACUUGGCUAGAUGUAUAGUUCCAUGCACGAUGGUUUUACUUUUAACUAAUUUUCAGUAUAUAUAUUUUUUGUUUUUCGUUAUGUUUUCUACAUUUGAGUGUGUUAUUAAUUACUUUGCGAUAAAAUGAGCUCGUUUUGAAUAAUUGUCAGUGUUUCAAAAUUGAAGUAAUGUAAGUGAAUCUAAUAAGUGGCAGUGGCAUAACG